CAGCAUUCAAGUCUGAAAUUUCUCAGUUCUCAAUUCUUCUCAGUCUUUUCUCCUAAUCUCUCUGGACCUGUCUUUUUGAAAUUUCCAAUCGCUCGCGAGUUCCACACUCAUAGACUCAUACAGUACACAUACACAUAAAACACACCUACUGUGUCCAAGCCAUGCCAGACAGCUCGCUCGCCGCCGACGUUGUGGUUGAGAUUGCCGGCAUCGACUCUGCAGAAGAGCUCGCCGAGCUCACUCCGUACAUGCGCUUUGAGAAUCUGCACACUGCGAAUCCGACGCUCAUCGUGUAUGGACGGCGCUACACUGGUGCAUUCGAGGACGUCGUUGGCACUACGCUCGUCGUUGAUACAGCACCGACCGCAAACCUGCGCAGCGAUCACGACAAUGGCUCGUCUGUGAUUGCGGCGACCUCUCGAAAGCUCGUCUUUACACCUCAGACCGCGUCGCGAUCGUCCGAUGGCAAACACGGCACCUCAAAACCCCCAAUAGACGCGGAUGCACUCUCAGAAGGUGGUGCAUCAAGUCAGCCAGUCGAUCCGACCGCAGAAGCAGCGGAAGAGGACAAUGAUUCAGUGGCACCAACACCAAUGACUUGAAAAGCGAGUACUGUACAUUAUAGCUGGAUUUCAGACAAAGACGAGAGAAUUCCAAGUGCUGUAAUGAAAGAAUUGCAGCAAACAUUCGACAAAGAGGAAGAACAACAACCAAAAAAGCAACUACUGUAACAU